AACGCGAACGCACACGCUUCGAUUGUGGGCGCUGCCACCGGAAACCAAGUUGAACCCAGUGCCUCUAACUAACCAACAAAAUUAGAAAAUCAAAUUCAAAUUGCCCACGAGGACUGCGUAACUGCGAAACGAAAGAAAAUUCAAUUUCAAUAAAAUCAAUAAAGGAAAAUCAACAAAUGAAAAUAUCAAAAGAGUGUGGCGCAUAAUUUAAUUUAAAACGACAAACAACUAACGAUACGAGAACCCUCUGUUUUAAGCCAGCGAUAAAACCGCUCUGAAACCAAACUGCAACCAAACCGACAAACCCAGUUACAAGCGAGACAAAAUCAACAACAUUUUUUGGAAUUAAUUUUAUUUGAUGCGCGCGCUCAUAAAAAUUUACAUAGAAAGGCAGCCAGCAGGACCAACGGAACACAAAAAAUAAAUACACCCGACAAGAGCCAGAGCCAGAGCGACGGGAGCGACAAAAGUGAAUUGGUUAACCAUGGAAAGGGCGUAACUGGCAACUGCUGACCCAGGCCAUAUAACUUUAGAUGAGCGCGCCACUGUGCCACAAUUUCGUUUUACACCUGUCGAAGCUGCCACACCCACGACGCCGAGCAACUUUUUCCAACUCGCCAGUAAAAACAAUAAUAACAAAACAAAAAGCAACAAAAACCAAAACGAGAGCAACAUCAGUGAUAUGGAACAGUGCAUAGCAGCAAAGUCAAAAAAGGAAACAGACCAGAGUUCAAUGCAGCAGCAAACUAGCAAUUAUCAAAAGAAAUGCCACCAAAAUCAAACCAGUACUCAGGUAGAGAGCACUUACACAAGCAACAGCGACAGCGAGAGCAGCACAAGCAGCAGCCACAGAGAUCUAGACCACCUGAGAAAGCAACUAGAAAACCAACGAGCAACAUUACAAGCAACAUUAUCAGAUUUGAGCAGAAGCAGCAGCAACAUUAAUAGCCACAAUAUUAAUAACAUAAUUAAUAACAUUAACAGCAGCAGCAACUUUAAAAGCAGCAGAAGCAACUUUAGUGACAAGAGCAACACCACCAGCAACAGCGAUCGUAGCAACCUUAAGAGCAACAUCAGGGAAAGCAAUAGCAAAAACAACAGCAACAAAAGCAGCAGCAACACUAUUUACACCUGCAGCAGCAAAAGCAGCUACAAGAGUUGCCAAAGCAGCACUAGCCACGCUAGCAACACUAGCAGCAACACCUCCUUUGGCAACAAUAAUUGCUGCACACAAUUAAACACGCUCUACUCGCUGCUGGUGCUUUUGAUAGUCGGCCUUGCCACCGCCAAUGCAGCCUCCAAUCCAAAUCCCUCACCAUUUGCCCGCGAGAGCAGGCGCGAUGCUCUUUUGGCCUAUUACAAGCGAGCCCACCUGCCGCCGCCGCCGAGUGGCGGCAUGCUGGCCUCCUCCACCUAUGGGAACUCCCAGGAGCGAGAGUACCAUUUGCGUGAUGCAUCCGGGCUGGAUUUUGACGAGCUAACGCCCACCGUCAGUGUGGUGUCCGCACUGAGUCGAGCGGAGCGGUUGCGUAAGCGCAGCGCCACACCAACAACGCCAGCCACAGUCGCCGCCACAGCAGCGGGUGCAUCAGCAGGAGCAGCUGCCACAUCCUCGAAGUCCAGUCCCAGUGAGGGAGGAAACAGUAGUAGCAACAGCAGGAAACCGGAGGAGAAAUGCGAGCCUAGAGUCCUGGAAACGCAGCCAGAUGAGCCGUUUUACGACUUCACCGACAUCGCCGAGGAUGCCGCCCGGCAGUUUAUUGAAUUUUUAUCGAGUAAAUUCCCAAAUGCCAAUACCCCGAUUACCAUCGAUGAGCCAACACGUGCGGAGGUGAGUCGCCGAGCAAAUGGCAUUGCCAGCUAUGCCCUCAACGAAGACGACAAUCUUCUGGCUUUUGCCAUUGCCGCUCCCAGCAUUCACACGGUGGUCGUUAAAUUCAGGGAUAACGUUACGAUACCACCGGAUCAGGUGCAUAAUAAGGCGUAUUUGGGCUCCUAUUGGCGGGAGUUGGGUGCGGCCUGGAACAGCACGGAUGGCACACAGGAGUGGGGAGCUCCCUUUCGGGACUGCAACCUGUUGACGCGUCGCUGGUUAUGGCCGUUUCGCAUAUCCUUCAGCGAGCAUAGAAUCAAAAUUGUGGCGGCUGCUUUUAUAGCUGCCGAUGAGGAUGUGUGCAACGAUGGCCUGGAGGAAGUUUUUGGUCGUCGUCAUGGUUGCGAUCGAAAUACAACUUUUUGCCUGCUCACCGAAAACAAACCCGCUGCCACACGGGACGUGUAUACGUGUCUGUGCCGGGAAUCCUACUAUUUGCCCAACGCCACCCUUCAGGGAUUCCGUGGCGAUAUGGUAGAGCUGUCCGAGGGCUUUGACAACUACUCUUGCAUUCCCUGUCCUGGGGGAUGCUCGAAUUGCGAUAACAACGGAGUCUGCUUGACUUAUCAGGAGGAGGAAGUUCUCAAUAUGGACGCCUGCCUACGUCUACUGGUGGCCAUUGUCCUAGGGGCCUGCAUCCUAUGCUGUGUGGUCUUGAGCGUGAUUGUGUUCAGGCAAAGAAAGUGCAAGGCCAUUGCCUCGGGCAUGUGGACUGUGCUGGAGACGAUACUGCUGGGCAUUGUUUUACUUUAUGCAUCCGUUGCCGUCCAUUUCUUUCCCGCCUCCACGGAACGUUGCCUCCUGGAGCCUUGGCUGCGCGAACUGGGCUUCAUCACCUGCUAUGGCGCCAUUAUCCUGAAGCUAUAUCGCCAUUUGGUGGACUUUCGCACCAGGAAAGCUCAUCGCUGGGUUCUGCGCGAUGUGGACCUGCUCAAGUAUCUGGGAACGAUGGUGUUUGCCGUCAUCUGCUAUAUGGCCGCCUUUACGGCCUCCUCGUUGGAUCUGCUGGAAAGCGCCCAGCUGGAGAGUCUGCGGGAGGCGGACACCAAUACCUGCCAUCCGCUCAAGUGGGAGCUGGUCACGCAGACCAGCGAGAUGCUCAUCCUAUGCUUUGGACUCCAUCUGUCCAUAGCCAGUCGGAAUGCCAAUACUCAGUUCAGGGAAAGGCAAUUCCUGGUGACCGCUUUGACGCUGGAGUUCCUGGUCUCUUCGAGCUUCUACUUCCUGCGCUUUGUCUACCUGCCGGAAAUGAGUCCCAGCGCUAUUUUGCUGGCUCUGUUUGUGCGCUCGCAGCUGACGAACAGCUUCGCCUUGGGUCUGAUAUUUGUGCCAAAGUUGUGGUAUCAGCACAAGCAGGUUCGUUCGCUAGCGUAUGAUCUAUCAAUACGUUUACCUGUGGAUGCUUUCAAGGGUACCUCGCACGACGCCGGCCAGCGGCUGGGCGGCGGCUAUGCCGGCCUCUGUCUGGGCGAUCCGGACAUUGGGGAGCUGACCAUAUCCGAAAUGAGUCCCGAGGACAUACGUGCCGAACUCAAAAGACUGUACACGCAACUGGAGAUUCUGAAGAACAAGACCCUGCGACAGGACAAUCCGCACAUCAGCAAGCGACGUGGCGGACGCAAGGCGGGUCAUCGUCGCUUCUCCUUGCAGGCUCUAAGUGCCAAACAUCGCAGCAACAAGCACCACCAGGACAUCGAGAUCACCGAGGCGGAGCCAUCGCGCACGCCCGAGGACUCGGUGUGCAGCGCCGAAGGACCCACGGACACCUAUGCAGAAAUCUCUGGAGUGUCCCACUCAAUGCUCUCCCACUCGAUGGUCUCCCACUCCGUUGUCUCGCACUCAAAGUAAGGAUAUGGAUGCUCGCGCAGGAAGCUCGUUCGUUAAAGCUUAAGUAAUAUCGGAUCAGAGAGGGUUAUUUGUACAUAAGUAUUAAGUACGAUGCAUGUUGGUCUAUGUAGAUAAUAUAUGUAUAUGUGUGAGCGAGGGUUAGUUAUUAUAAUAUAAAAU